AUGUCACAACAUCAUCACAACAAUACUAGACCCAAUUUAUUAGAAAAUAUUCCUUUGGAAGUUUGGCAGAGUUGUAUUUUUGAAUAUUGGCUCGGACCCAUUCAUGAAAUCAAUCAGUGUUUGGAUAAAUUGAAUAUUGAUGAAAUUGAAAAGUUUAAAAAUGUAAUUUAUUCAAAGAUUAUUGAUGGAUUGGAUUUGAUGAGUGUGCGGAGUGUUCAUAAACUUUGUUAUUUGGUUUCUAGGAGAUUUAGAGAAUUGUUUAUAAAGGAAAUGGACGAGUUUUGGUUGAAGGUAUCGAAUAUGUUGGAGAUGGCUGUUUAUUGGAGAAGGUAUGAAACUUCAAAAGGUGCUACAUUAGCACAGGGUGAUAUUACGGCCAUAGAUUCUAUUCCCUAUGUGCAAAUGCAAAAAUUAAUUGAGGCCACUGAAAUGAAUCUAAAUAGAGAAUAUACUGAUAUUAUUGAUCCAUCCAUGUGUAGAGAACACUGGCAUAAUUCAAAUAUUAAAAAAAAGAAUGAUGUAAAUACGGAGCUGAUGCAUCAGGAAUUUGUAAAGAGAUUUGAAAAAUUAAUCAUCUCUCAAGAAAAAUACGAAAAGAUUAGAAAAGUAACUCAACUCGAUAGCUAUGAUUUGUUUUUACACAAGUCAUUUAUAAUAUCAUUGGACAUGAUUUCAUAUUUCGAUAGUGAAAGGUCUAAUUCAGGUUAUUCUAGUUUUAGCACUGAGACUCAAUGUCAAUUAUUCAAUAAGGGGCUCUUUUCCUUAAAACCUAACCCUAACUCUCUUGGAUUAAUUAUUUCACAUGCAGAAAACUCAGAGGAAGUACUUAACAUUGAUUCAAAAUUCAUAGCUAUUUCAAUUUCAAACUCUGAAUGGGCAGAAAAGCAGUUUACAAACAUUCCAAAUACUGUACAAUAUCUAUGUCUUGAAUUCAAUCAUCACUCCUAUUCAGGGUAUAAGAGCUUGAUAGAUAAACGCCUAUUUGAUGAGAAUGAUCCUGUAUUUCCCAAUGUUCGUGAUCUAACCAUUAGAAUCGGAUAUCCUGAAGAUGAUGACUAUUUCCUCCACAAUUUAGUCAUUGAAAAGAAUAUUCUUUCUGGAAUAACAAGGACGAGAUUUCCAAAAUUGAUAAGAAUUUCAAUUUGUGGCUUUGGAUCAAUGGAAUCUCUGUUAGAUUGUGAAAUUUUGAGCCAAUUACCUUAUGUGGAAAUUAUUCAAUUCUCUCAUGGAUAUGAUUACGAAUUGACUCGUCAUUGGUCAGAAAGAAAAGUUCAUGAAUUAGUAACAAGACAUCAAGAUUCAUUGAUUCAUCAUUUGGUAGUUCAUGCAUGUAUUAGUAGAAUCAAUAAUGAUGCUGAUUAUGGUUCAAUUAAGGAAUAUUACAAUCUCAGUAAGCCAAAGUUUGUGGCUUCCAUUUCUCAUUCCUCAUUCAAUGAAUAUUACGAAAAUUGCUUCGAAUAA